UGCACCGCACAUCUACCGCCUCCUCUCCUGCACCGCACCUCGCCGCCCAGGCCGCAGGGUGACGGCCCGGCCGGCUGCCAUGAGGAAGCCGACGAGGCGGCGCUCGAGCUUGAUCAAGGGUGGGGGCGCGUUCGGUCCCGGCGGCGUCGACGCGUUCGACCGCCUCCCCGACGACCUUGUCCUCGCCUUGCUCGCCGGGAUCGCGGCGCGCGCCGGGGGCCCCGCCGACCUCGCCGCGGCGGCGCUGACGUGCAGGAGGUUCCGGGAGCUCGCGGCGCACCCCACGGUGCUGUCGCGGGCGGCAGCGGCGGCCGUCGCCUUGCGCGCGGGGGUAUGGUCGGAUGCGGCGCACCGGUUCCUGCGUCGGUGCGCGGCCGCCGGCAACCUGCACGCCUGCUACUUUCUCGGCAUGGUGAGGUUCUACUGCCUCGGGAGCAGGGCUUCGGGGGUGGCGCUCCUGGCGCGCGCGGCGGCGGGCGGGCACGCGGCCGCGCUGUACGCGCUCGCCGUGGUGCGGUUCAACGGCAGCGGCGGCGGCAAGGCGGACAAGGACCCGCACGCGGGCGUGGCGCUGUGCGCGCGCGCCGCGUGGCUGGGCCACGUCCCGGCGCUCCGCGAGCUCGGCCACUGCCUCCAGGACGGGUACGGCGCGCGCCGCGACGCCGCGGCCGGCCGCCACCUCCUGCUCCACGCCGCGGCGCGCGAGCUCGCCGCCGUCUCGUCGGCGCGCCGUCGUGGCCGCGCCGGGGAGGACGACGACGGCGCGGCGGCCAGCCGGUUCAUGGUGGAGUGGUGGGUGCUGACGAGCGCCGAGAAGCCCGCGACAGCUGCGGGAGAAGAAGGCAGCUGCGGCGCCGGCGAGGAGGACGCGGAGGAGCUGCGCCUGUGCUCGCAUGCGCGGUGCGGGCGGCGGGAGACGCGGCGGCACGAGUUCCGGCGGUGCUCGGUGUGCGGGUCCGCCAACUACUGCUCGCGCGCGUGCCAGGCGCUGGACUGGAAGCGCGCGCACCGCGGCCAGUGCGGCGCCGCCCGCUGGCUCGCCGCCGGGAACGCGUACUGAACGCACGCUGGCCGCUCAACGACGACACGUGCAGCGCACAUGUACAUAUCUAUCUCUUGUGUAUACUAGCUAGGGCCUAGGUAGGGUAGUCGUAGCAACUUAGUUGUUCUUUUGUGUCCAUGUGAGUUUCGAGUAGCGAUGAAGUGGAAAUCUUAAAAAGUCACUAAUCUAGAAAUUGUUAUCUAUAUACAUUUGCGUUAAUUUGUAUCCAUCAGUAGUUAAGGAUGA